UUUCGGUUGUAGAGCAAUUCUAGGUGAAUGGUUCUGUAGCCCCCGUUAGGGCGUCCCUGGAAAUUCCGCCUGUUGUUCCGUUAUGCAAAGGAACGCAAAGAUUAAGUUUGGCAGAAGGAAAUCGAAGGUUUUGACGUCCGAGUCGAGGUGUUAAUUUGGCGGCGGACUAAUUAGAAUACGAGGAAGGCCACUUGGAGCCGUGAAUCACACAACCCAUUGUCUUGAUCGAUCCCGCCAGCCACCCAGUGGGCACCCGGCAUGGAGAUGAGUGCUGCUAUGUUCGCGCGUGUAUCCUUCUAUCCCACCCUGCUGUACAAUGUCCUUAUGGAGAAGGCCUCCGCCAGGAAUUGGUAUGAUCGCAUAGACGAGAAUGUUAUCUUGGGCGCCCUGCCUUUUCGAAGCCAGGCCAAUGAACUCAUCGAGAAGGAGAAUAUGAAAGCAGUGGUUUCCAUGAACGAGGACUAUGAACUGACCGCCUUCUCCAACAACACGGAGAAGUGGCGCAAGCUGGGUAUCGAGUUCCUGCAGCUAGCCACCACAGACAUUUUUGAGUCGCCAAACCAGGAGAAGCUCUAUCGAGGCGUGGAGUUCAUUAAUCAGUUUCUUCCCCUGACAAAGAGAAUCAGCGGGCUCAGCACAACCAAAUCCCCAGAGAAUAUUGGCUCCGUAUAUGUGCACUGCAAAGCUGGAAGGACGCGAAGUGCCACACUUGUUGGUUGCUACCUCAUGCUGAAAAACGGCUGGACCCCAGACCAGGCGGUGGAUCAUAUGCGUCAGUGCCGGCCUCACAUUCUGCUGCACACCAAACAAUGGGAUGCCCUGAGGUUAUUCUACACAAACAAUGUGGAGACCAGGUCGUGACCAUAAUCCUUUGUUUAUUGCCUACAGUAGAUUACCAUACGUAACAAAAGGUGUUGCUGCCCAUCUUAUUAAGUGACGUUGUGUUGUGACAAACCUCAACCGAAAGUGUUAAUACAGUUUUCUAAAUUCUAAACAAAAA